AAAAGAAAAUAGUUUGUCUCUAGCGGUGGGCGUGACUGGUGUAUUGUUUACUAAAAUUUUUACAUAUUUAUAUUAAAUUUUAUAAAUAUAAGGGUUUAAUGUGUGUGAUGAACAUUUGAAGAAUUAAUAGUGCUUGAUCAACUUUCGUAGUCAUUAAGUGUAAUUUGUCCAUAAAGUCUCAACUUUUACCAAAAUAAAUUAGAAUUUAUUAUCAUUCAAAAUGUCUGUCGGUAAAAUUUUGCCUCAUGUCUCACCGCUUAGUCGAUUGGGUCGAUUAAACGCUGCUAUAUCAAGUUCAAAAGUCAAAAGAACCUACUUUACUUACACCCAGGAGUUAUCGCAGCCCUUGGAUAGAAAACCCGAUUACGCUUCGGCGACUGAGGUCUUUGAGAAAUGCUUGAAAUCUGGUCAAACGGUAUUCUCCCAGGGCGCCGCGGCGACACCAGCGCCGCUCCUGGACGCCAUGACGGCGGUCGGGAAAGCCAAGUCUCUCCGGGAUAUAAAAGUAGUCCACAUGCAUACGGAGAAGGAAGCCGCCUAUGCCGCUCCAGAGUGCAAGGACAUAUUCAGGUCGUGUUCCCUGUUCAUGGCGGCCAACGUCCGGAAAGCGGUGGCUGAGGGCCGCUCUGACGCCAUCCCCAUCUUCCUACAGGACAUUCCCAAGCUGUUCCAUAGGAAGAUCAUACAACCCGACAUUGCUGUCAUCCAGGUGUCUCCGCCGGACCACCACGGGUACUGCAGUCUCGGUACUUCGGUGGACUGCGUACGCGCAGCGUUGGUGAAUUCUAAGAUUAUAAUCGCCCAAGUGAACGUGAACAUGCCUCGAACAUUCGGCGAUGCGAUUAUUCACAUGUCGCAUAUCGAUUAUGCGGUGGAAGAUAACACACCGUUACCAGACCACGGUUCGAAGCCGCCGAGUCCCGAGGAAGCGAAGAUUGGACAGUUGAUCGGUGAUAAUUUGGUUGAAGAUGGCGCCACUUUGCAAAUGGGUAUCGGCAGCAUUCCAGACGCUGUGUUAUCAGCUCUGAAGAACCAUAAAGAUCUCGGCAUACACUCGGAGAUGUUCAGCGUCGGGGUCAUCGACCUCGUGAAGCGGGGUUGCGUCACUAACAAUAAGAAGAAAAUGCACAAAGGUCGCAUCGUUGGCAGUUUUCUAGUUGGCAACCGACAGCUGUAUGACUUCGUGGACAACAAUCCAUUCAUUGAAAUGUUGGAGAUCGACUAUGUGAACAACACUCACAUAGUGUCGCUACAGCCCACGAUGACCGCUAUCAACUCUUGCAUAGAGAUCGAUUUGACCGGUCAAGUGUGUGCCGACUCCAUCGGUACUCGAAUGUUCUCCGGUUUCGGCGGUCAGGUGGACUUCAUCCGCGGCGCGGCCGAGGCGGUGGACGGCCGCGGGAAGCCCAUCAUCGCGAUCGUGUCCCACACCAAGAGGGGCGAGAGCAAGAUUGUGCCCACGCUCAAAGUUGGUGCCGGUGUGGUGACUAGCCGCGCCCACGUGAACUACGUAGUGACCGAGCAAGGGAUCGCGAACCUAUUCGGGAAGACGCUGCGCCAGCGCGCUUACGAAUUGAUCAAGAUCGCCCAUCCCGACCAUCGCGAGUCCCUGGAGAAGGCCGCCUUUGAAAGGCUCAAGUGCAUGCCCGCGCCUUAAGAAAGAAUAAUUGUUUUAGCCAAUAGAAGAGGAGUUUCACAGAAAUCGACCAAUCAGCUGGCCCGAAGUGCUGUAAUCAACCAAUGAGAUUUAUCAUCGUAAAUAAACUGACCCAUAGGGAUGCAAAGAAAGUUGUCAUCAUUGAAUGCAAAAUCAUACAUACAUACAUACAUAAAAUCACGCCUCUUUCCCGGAGGGGUAGGCAGAGACUACCUCUUUCCACUUGCCACGAUCCCUGCAUACUUCCUUUGCUUCAUCCACAUUCAUAACUCUCUUCAUGCAAGCUCGGCGGUUUCGGGCACUUUUGACCUGACCCUUCACCAGGAUGAUGCAAAAUCACGGUAGAAAAAAUUAUUUCAACUCAAUGAAUGUAUGUACCCCAUGUAACGGAGCGCUGUGAUUGGCUAAUUUCGCGAAACUCCACUUCUAUGGGCAUCGUAAAGUAGGAGAUCCUAGAGUGAUCCCAUUUCUGAAUAUUAUCGGAAUCGUCAUCAGAAGUGGGAUUGUCAUUUAACAUACGUAUCUAGGACUGGCCUAAAGGGCUAUUCGCGAACGUUAAUAAGACAAAGGACUUAAGCCUUAUCAACUUCUGUGAACAAGCCCUACUGUUAUUUAAAUCUAUUCGAUAAGCAAAAAGUUUAGAACUUCACUUUUUAUGAACCGUUUUCUAGAAUAAAACGAAUUGAGUAUUCGAAUGAUAUAGCGACUGAGCCAUUAUCGAAUCAAUUGCCACUCCGGUAGUUCUAGUGUUUAAUAUGUAGCGUUCAAGUAUUAACCGAUUAUCAUUCUUAUUGCAAAACUCGCACUGCCCAUAAUGGCAUGUUAUUAUUUGGGUCCGUAUUCGAUCGGUUAAAUUUUAAUGGCAUGAUUGUGUUAUUACCUUCAUAAUCUUUGUUUCGCAUAAUUUUGACUAUGAUUAUGAUGUAAAGUUAAUGCAGUUUUGAUGCCAUUUAAAUUUAUGGGAACUAUAUUAUGGGACCUUUGUUUUGUAAGUACAGAUGUUUUAAAUCACAACUUCAUUUAGUUUUAAAUAAAAAGCAAUCAUGGGUCGUAAUUAUUUCAUCAAUGUAUUUUUUUGCAACAAUUCGAAUUUAUUUUUUUCUUUAUUUUGGUACUAUAUUUUAUUUUAUUUUAUUUUUUAUGCUGUAUUGCUUUAUUUAUUUUUUAUCAAUCAGAGAAAAUGAUGUUUUAAUAGAUGCAGUAUUUUUCUAAAAGACUGGUUGUUGGUUGGGCCGUACUAUUGUUGGUUUUUUUUUAUAGAAAAUAUAUACGUUAUGAUUGUGAAAUAAAAUAUCUGUAGAAUAUUCCAAUUUAGAUGCAUUUUAUUGGCCUACUGUUACAAUAGACUGCUAGGAGAGUUUGUUCGUUGGAUCAGAGCCCACGCCAUAUUGGUUUUGAAAGAACUAAGGUAUAAAAAAGAUGUAAUAUUUAUGAUAAAAAGAAACUGAGGUUUUUUAAUUAAUAUAAAUAAUUUCAGAUAAGUAAAAUUGCCAAUAAACCUAUUACAAAUUAUUUCUGUCACCAGUUAUGUUAUGAAGGGCAAGUAAAUCCAUCAUUAGGCAUGUCCUGUUGUAUGCUCAAGCAAAAGCUGCCUGUCACGGAUAUGGAAAUGUUUUGAAUUUUCAUUUUGAAGUAUUCUAUGGUAGUAUAGAAGCGCGCGAAAAUUGUAUCGUAAAGUUUAAAAAAAGAAUUUGACGAAGCAUGAUUUUUUUUAAUGUGUUGUGGUAGUGAGCUCUGACCUGAAGCCUAGUCGUUUUAGUCAAAUGCCUUAUAGAUCAAUAGCGUAGAUAUAAACACAAGUGCGCAAAAAUUAAGUAAAAAUAUUAAGAGGGCGGGUAAUAUAUCUUUAUAAAUUUUUUUAUUAAAAAAUGCCAGCAUUAUAGGAAUUAGGUCAAACCGAUUUUAAAAGUAAUUAUUUACUUAUGGGAAUUAUUUUUCUGUUACCUAUCUUACCUUAAAUAUUUGCACUUAAUUUUUACUGACCUUAUAUUCUGGGGUUUUAACCCCAGCAUGUUGUUUUCGCUUGGUCGAUAAAUUAUCAUAAAAUAAAGAUCAGAAAGGAAUACAAAAACAUAAUUUAAAAAACUGUCAUAUGUAUAAAACGCAUCCAAUGAUUUAUCAUUAUUUUAAAAAGAUGUUUAAUUCAUUAGACAUACCGAUAAUGUUCAAAGUACUGUUUUUGUCUGUUCCAAAAAGAAUUUAUUUAUUAUUUAAUAAAUCGAUCGAGCGAAAUUGAUAUAAACUUACGAUUUAGCUGCAAUGUAAGUUAAAAUAAUAUUGACUUUUAUCCAAAAUUUAUUUCGAAUUUAUAAAUAAACGGAACAAGGUAUAACAAUUUCUGAUUACUUUAUUUUUAACACAAGUAUAUAAUUUUUUGUCAUUAACACUCGUUUUGUUAUAUUUUGUUUAAUUGUGUAAAAAUAUAUAUGCUUUAGUAACUUUUUAAUAAGUCGAAAGAUACAUGUUUUUGUAUCAAUUAGAAUUAAACGUACAUUUUUAUUAAUA